AUGCAGCGGCAGUUUGUCUUGUUGGCCGCGGCGCAGUCCCCCAAACGAGACGCAGACGAGAUGAAUCUGGCCCUCCAGACAUGGGCGCAGCAGCAAGAUGGGGGGGGGAGGGACACCGCGGAGACUGAAGGCAGUGAGCCGAGCCAGAACGCGAAGCAAAUGGAAGAAAAGAAAAAAAUUCUGCACCACCAUCACCCACAAGUCUCCAUCGCUCACCCCGUACUCUUCGGCGUCGUGUCCGUAGCCGUCAAACGAUACGACACGAUGCUGGCGCGGGAUUGUCCCGAUUGUUCCUGGCAGCGUCGCAUAAGGUAG